AUGAUACGUUCAAUAUUUAUACCGCCAACUAGUAUAACUGCCACUUCUCGACUGUUCUACGGAAUGAGGGCGUAUUCAACAAAACUUGAAAAGGCUUCACUCCAAAAAUAUCUGCAUGAUCCUGUUAAAGUGACUGUGAUACCAAUAACGGACAAAGAAUCAUUCAUUUACUAUAAGCAUACCGAUAAUCUCUUUAAUAGUCAGUCUAGAAUAUUAAAAGCAGAAAAGUGGAUCGUUGAGAAAUCAGCAAAGCUUUGGAGAAAACUGAAAAAGUCCCCUAAAUCGUAUAAUAAAAAAAUAGUGUCCAUGGUGCAGUCUCUGUUAAAUAGCACACCCUGGUCAGAAAAUAGUCUGUUAACCAUACCAAGUGAAAGCUAUAUAUUGAAGAGAAUUAAGGGAGAGAAAGAUAAGACCCAAGAGAUUCGACUCACAUUGAAAGAUUAUACCGUAAAGGCAGAACAGGUCGAUACUCAACCCUUACACGUGUAUUAUCCCCCUGGAAUUUCUAGCCCUGAUGAGUGCUUGAGACAAAUGAAAAAGCUCUACCAAGAAGGCUUAAUUUAUCACAAAAAAUGGACUUUAUAUUGCCUUUUAGGUCUCCCGCUGACAAUUCCUCUAAUUUUAAUACCGCUUAUACCAAAUGUUCCAGGGUUCUACCUAUCUUAUAGAGCUUAUGUUAAUAUCAAAGCUUACCUUGGUGCUAAGCACUUGAAGAGUCUACUGGAAAGUUCAAAACAAAAUUUAGAAUUCAGGGAACUGUUGGGAUAUACGGAAGUAUAUAAACGUGGGACCAGCAGCCGUACGCAGGGCAAUCAAAAGGAAUCAAAAGGUGCACCAGAAUUACUACUUAACAAGAAAACCCUUCCGUUGAUCUUAGAUUUCUUAGAGGUUCAUGAACUAGAAAGCGACUUGAACAAAGUCAUCCUUCAAGAAUCGAAAUCUCAAGAGAAAAACAAAAUUUAA